AUGGAGACUGACUGCAUCGGAGCCACUUCCGCAGUGAGAAUACCUUGGGCGGGGCGCAGGAGGAAAAUGCAGAGCAACAUGCCUUCGAGGCUUCGAUCAAUUGGUACGGCUGGAAUGGCUCGUGAUACGGGUACUGGUGGGCCUGCACGGCUACUCCGAUAUAUCUACUUAUGA